AACGAACCUAACCUUAAACCUAGUUGUGCGUUGGAGUUGGAGUCGCAAGUACGCCACGGGCGGGAAAAGAAUCGGCUUUGUUUAUCAACAAUAAAUCCGAGCAAUUGUUGAUGAUAGGGUAGAAAAUGUUCGAAGCCCACAGUAUAAAUGCCGAACACAAGGACCUGAUACAUGACAUAGCUUACGAUUUUUAUGGUCAACGAAUGGCAACAUGCUCCAGCGAUCAGUUUGUUAAAGUUUGGGACGAGGACGAACACGAUAACUGGCACUUGACAGCAUCAUGGAAAGCACACAGCGGAUCUGUGUGGAAAGUAACCUGGGCUCAUCCCGAGUUUGGUCAGGUCUUGGCAACGUGUUCAUUUGAUAGAACCGCGGCAGUCUGGGAAGAAAUCGUUGGCGAAGGUUCAGGCUCGGGUGAACGAGGAAUGCGACAUUGGGUGCGGCGGACCAACUUGGUCGACUCUCGGACGUCAGUAACAGACGUUAAGUUUGCGCCAAAGACUCUGGGUCUUCUCCUUGCGACCUGCAGCGCAGAUGGAGUAAUCAGAAUUUACGAAGCACCGGAUGUCAUGAACCUGAGCCAGUGGACCCUGCAGCAUGAAAUUACCUGUAAACUUCCAUGUAGUUGUUUAACAUGGAAUCCUUCACUGUCGCGGCUGCAUCCACCUAUGCUCGCCGUUGGAAGCGACGACUCAAAUGCUUCGAGUGGAGGCAAGGUCUUCAUAUACGAAUACUCAGAAAACAGUAGACGGUGGACAAAAACAGAGACGUUAUCCAACGUCGUUGAUCCCGUGCACGAUAUUGCCUUCGCACCCAACUUGGGACGUAGUUUUCACACUUUAGCGAUAGCCACUAAAGAUGUACGGAUUGUUACGCUAAAACCAAUGCAAGAUGCAGCUCAAAGCGGUUUGUCCCGGUUUGAAAUAACGACUGCUGCCCAGUUCGAUGAUCACUAUUGUACGGUGUGGCGAGUGUGCUGGAACAUAAUGGGGACCAUAUUAGCGAGUUCAGGAGAUGACGGCUGCGUUCGUUUAUGGAAAGAUAAUUACGUGAAUAAUUGGAAAUGUGUAGCAGUUUUGAAGGGAGAUGGAACCUCGGCUCACAGUGCCGAAAUUCCACAGAUAGCAACACCUCCGAGUCACUCGGUCUCAGGAGCUCAGGCACCGUUAUCCACCACAAGGAAUAUAUCAAUAGCCACGGUUACAGCGGAGAGACCAACGGCGACAAUAUUGUCGACUAGUAAAUGGCAAGCUCCGGUAAUAAAAGGCCGCUUCAGCAAGUCUGUGUGGCUUGGAAAUCCAAGCGAACCAUCACUCCCCCCUCCUCCAAUCAUAGAACGCCAAAAAUCGAAGAAGUAAAUUUUUAAAUGCUUCUUACGCACGAGCCAUUGAUAACUUACUAAGUUUGCGAAUUAAUUGGUCGAUUUGACAACGGAGCAGAUUAAUUAUACUGUAGUAAAAUUUUACAAAUUUAUCGACUGAUUUAUACACGUAGACUGCAUUUCUGUCGCCUUAACAGCUUCGGAUAAAUGUGAUAUUUAAAAUGAUACUAUCAUACUUGGUAUCAAGUAAUCAUACUUGGUUUCGAUGAUGUGAAACAAGCGGUAUACUUGAAAGAUCUUUACUGGAACAAAUAACACUAAUGAUAAUCUUUUGAUUAACUCACUGUAGUCAUACGUGGAUAUUUGAGAUUCUGAAACAGUAUUACACAGGAUUGUGUAUUUGUACUAAUUGGAAUUUUAGCCUCGUAUUUUUCUUUCUAGCUUAAAAAAAUCAAAUCUCAUGAGUUAGCAAUGCAAAGUAACAGGAUUACAAUCGAAUAACUCACAUGUAUAUGACAGACAAUAAUCGCAACAGGAUAUGUCUGUUAAGUAUUUCUUCAAAGUAUAAUCGCGCAGUAUUAAGAGAAGCAAAAUAUUUUUAAUGGGUUUUAGCAGAUGUAUAAAUAUAGGAUAAGCCUUAUAGGGUGUACCGCAUACGGUAUUAACUUUUAGUUCCUUUCGUUGAUACUUUUCUACAUAAUACGUAGAAUUAAACGAAUUUUUUAUUCAUUUAGUACCAACGAUAUUAUAUUACACUAAGUCGGUUACUUAUUUUUUUCCAUUAAAAAACAACUAAAUUCCUAUCUUUUUUUGUAUAGAAGUGUUUACGUAUAUGUAUACCUAUAUUGUUCAAAAACUCGCGUUGUACUUAUUAUAUGAAAAU